CUUGCUUGUAGGUAGUUUUAACUUUUAAGGGUUAGUGUGCAAUUAAAAUCUUUUCUGUAGCUGUUAUCAUCAAUUUUUAUUGAUUCACGCUGUGUUACAAAUUGUAUUACAAAUUAUAAUUAAUAAUGAGCGACAGUUGGCGGCAAACAAUGAUGAACAUUACUGAUCGUAUAUUUCCAUCUCUACCUCCCGAAGAAAAAGUCGGCACAACUUUUGGUAACGAAAUCGUAUCUAGUCUUCCACUUCAAAUGUCACUGUAUUUUAACGUUGUAUACUUUCCAUUUUGGCUUUAUACGUUUUUAUCACUGAUCUCGUUUAAAAUGAAUUGUUUAAAUAUGUUGACUCAAACUAUAAUCUCCGUGUCGCUAUUUUUGAUAUUGAUGCUGGAAUGCGCUCGAUUGUAUUUGGGUGUUCAAGGAAAUCUCAGAGAAAAAAUUCCAGAUUUGGCCGCAUUUUGGAUGUUUUCGUUGAUCCUCCAAUUACCUCUACAGUUGGUAUUMUUAUUCCUGAAUACCAUGCCCGUUGAAAUGGCCGUUCAAGGCAUAAUGUGCCUUUUACUCCUGUCGCAACUUGUUUUUGGGUUCGUGGUCCUACGCGACAUGGCGAAACAUCACAAACUCCGUUUCCACAUAUCGCAAUUCUACUGCACCCAGCACACUAAAACAGAAUGAAAAAAAAAUAUCUGAACUAUUAUUCAUAUUUGCAUGUUAUCAGAGGUUGAAUUGGAAAAUAAAUAACGGUAGAUUUUAAAUGAAGUUGAAUAAUUAUUAGCGUUCCAAAGCAAAUUAAUCUAAUAGUAACCCUAUUUCUUAAUGAAUAUAAUAAAGGGGGUUACUCUAUAUAAUAUGAUAAAAAACGAAGAGUAGCCUGAGUCUCCC